AUGAUUCAACAUCAAUGGCGACCCCCUGAUCCACAAAACUAUAAAGCCAACUUCGAUGCAGCUGUCUUUAAAGCAACAAACACAGCAGCUCUGGCUUGUCGACGGCCAGUUCAGUUCGCUUGGGAAAUUGGUUUAAGGAGGGUAACCUUUGAAGGCAAUUCAGCAGCAGUUAUUCAAGCCAUCACUCGUGGGAACUCAGAUUUCUUACCUUUUGGAAAUAUCAUUGAUGAUAUUCGGAACCAAGUUGCUGGUUUUCAAUUUUCAGAAUUUUUUCAUGCUUAUCGUAUAUGUAAUACCGCGGCUGAUGCUUUAGCAAAGAAGGCCAAACUUUGUACGGGGCUGCAAGUGUGGCUGGAGGACAUCCCAGCUGACAUUGCUCCCCUAGUCUCUUUUGAUACUCAUUGA